GUGGCCAUGAGUAGCUGGGACUGGGAUGGUAGUUUGAUCACUAGCUAGUUUGUAGCCCGUUUAACUUAGUUAAACACGGUGAAGUGAUAAAAUGUCAUGAUCCGAUUUAGACACCACGCGCGAAGAGAUGCCACUAUUCCUUCAAAAUCGGCAGAUUGAUCGAGUGAGCACAACGGCAGAGUUAUUCGGCAAGCAUUCACACUUGCAGGAAAACGCUCGUGUGUUUCGUAGCAAAACACCGACCACUGUCGACCCGAAAUGUCUGCUGUAUGUACAGCAACGCGAGUAUGCAGCCACAACCCCUUCAGACAAAUCUGUCACGGUCAUCGGGUCUGCGGAUGCCACAACCUGUCACUUAGUUGUGUUGCGACACACAGGAAGUGGAGCGACCUGCCUUGCUCAUUGUGAUGGUUCAAGGACGUGGUCGGAGGUGUCCCUUAUAACAAAGGCUGUCGCCUCUUUAACCGGUGCUGUAAAGGAUGGCAGAUUUGAGCUUCACCUUGUUGGAGGAUUUGAUGACGAAUCCCAGACUUCCCACACUCUCAGCCUUAAUCUUCUGGUGGCCUUUCACGAACAAGAUGAGGAGAUCCAUCUAGAGACAUGUUGCAUUACAGAGUUGAACGACGAGCUUGUGGGUGGUGUGCAUCGUCCAGUGGUGUAUGGAAUAGGUGUAAAUGUGAAGACGGGUGAGGUGUUCCCGGCCUCCUUUCCAACCCGAGGGCCUGCGGAGGAGCUGCGGUCAGCACGCACCUUCACAGGGGGACAGAUGGCUGAAAUCUACAACUCCAGCAAAGAGCAAGUAGAAAUCGCCCCAUGCAAGUGGUCACCCAACAGGGAUAUUGCCUUCUGGUUAGCACAGGAUGACGACACCAUCUUACAGUACCUGUCGACGUCCCCGAUGGCGGAGCCGCCACACUUUGUGCAGCACAUCAAGUCCACCAUCCAGUUCCUCCUCGACCACCCGACCGCCGACGGCUGCUUCCCCGGCUCGCAGCCCCAGAUCUUCAAACGCAUGCCGCAGGGCGAGUGGGAUCUCGUCUCUCCUUCUCCAGCCUCUCCCCCUUCUCCGCAGGAGUAAAGGGGGUGUGCGGUGCGGCGCGGCACGGCAGGCUCUUUCGAGGAACCGUGGAACUCGGAUCUUUUCCUUAAGUACAAAAAAAAACAAAUCACUGUGACCUUCUUCCCCUACAUGCCUCGGUGGGAACUUUUGGAGAUGGAGGGCCAAUGAUGUUAGCAACAGGCAACACGCACGCAGGGGUCUAAUGGACAUGUGAAGACAUCAGCUGACUCUGCUCUGAAUGAACACAGCCAGCAUGUUCUUUUUGACAACAAUAUGUCAAGAAAGUCACUUUACUGAAAAUCGUCUGAACAACAACAACAACAACAACAACAACAACCAUGGAAUGUCCAUGAGAGAACCUCUAUCUCAACUUCCUGUUUUGAAAUGGUGACGGGGAAAAAAACUAAAUGAUCUUAAGAAUGUGGAUAAGCGGACUUUCGUAGAAAACAAACAACAUCUAAACAAUAGAGGUGUUAUAAAUAGUCUUUUGCUUUCACCCAAGCCCUCAAUAAUAAUGUUCAGUUUUUUGGGGCUUUUGUUAAAAUGUUUCACCUACGUGGGCCUUAUGACCGACCAGCAGCACCAUUCUAAAUGGACGUGUGUUGUGUUGACUACAUUAUGCUACUCCUCCAAGCCUGAACAUUUGAGCUUUUUUUUAAAUGUCAAAUCAUUAGGUAAACCAGAUUCCAAAUAAACAAACCUCUACA